GCGGUGGAGCAGUGUCAGAGUCUGCAGCCUCUGAUUGUGGCCCACACUCCACUCCCAGGGCCUUGCCCAGGAAGCUGCAAGCCCCGACCACAGCAUCCUUUGGGUUUGACCUACUGAGCCAGGGCACAUGACCCCCAAUUAGCCCUGGCAGCAUCCCCUGCCCCGCCUGCUCACACUGGGGGCGCAGGCAGUGGAUAUAAAUGGUACUGGAGGCUGAAGGGUGCAGAGCAGACAAGUCCCACACAGCAUCCUGGUGCAGAGUUGGCAGACACCAUGAGGACUCUCUCUCUGCUCAUUCUGCUGGCCCUGGCUGCACUCUGCGUCUCUGGCCCAGCAGAUGCAAAGCCCAGUGACUCAGAGUCUGACAAAGCCUUUGUGUCCAAGCAAGAUGGCAGUAAGGUAAUGAAUAGACUCCGGCGCUACCUGGACCAAGGGCUUGGAGCCCCAGCCCCCUACCCAGAUCCCCUGGAGCCCAAGAGGGAGGUGUGUGAGCUCAACCCCAAUUGUGAUGAGCUAGCGGACCAUAUCGGCUUCCAAGAUGCCUACAGCCGCUUCUACGGUACCAAUCCUUAGGGCAUGUGUUGCCCGGGGCCAUUUGGCAGCCUCAGCUUCAGCUACUCUCCAGGACUCGACCCUCCCUACUCCCUCUCUCUGCCCUGCAAGUGACACAGCCCAUCCAAAAUAAAGUCCAGACGAGUAA